AUGAUGAACUCCUGUUAUGACUCUGUCUGCUCUGACCAGGGUUGUGGCCAAGACUUCUACGAAGCAGCUAGCUGUGGCCCAAUCUGCUGCCAAACUACUUGUCGGUCCGGCUGCUGCCGUCCUGUCUGCUGUCAGACCACCUGCCGUCCCAGCUGUGGCGUGCCCAGCUGUGGUGGGUCCAGCUGUGGUGGGUCCGGCUGCUUCCGCCCAGUCUCCUGUCAGACCAUUUGCCGUCCCAGCUGUGGUGGAUCCAGCUGUGGUGUGUCUAGCUGUGGUGGGUCCAGCUGUGUCCGCCCAGUCUCCUGUCAGAUCACCUGCCGUCCCAGCUGUGGUGGGUCCAGCUGUGGUGGGUCCAGCUGCUUCCGCCCUGUCUCCUGUCAGACCACCUGCCGCCCUAGCUGUGGUGGGUCCAGUUGUGGUGUGCCCAGCUGUGGUGGGUCCAGCUGUGUCCGCCCAGUCUCCUGUCAGAUCACCUGCCGUCCCAGCUGUGGUGUGCCCAGCUGUGGUGGGUCCAGCUGUGGUGGAUCCAGCUGCUUCCGCCCUGUCUCCUGUCAGACCACCUGCCGCCCUAGCUGUGGUGGGUCCAGUUGUGGUGUGUCCACCUGUGGCUGCCCUGUCCUGCAGACUACCUGCUUUGGUACAUCUUGCUCUCGUCCCAGCUGUUAA